AUGAAGCUGACUCUGGUGCAAAUCUUUUUCAUGAUGUUACUGCUGUUGCUGGGCUUGGGGAUGGGCCUGGGUUUGGGGCUUCGGAUGGCUGCUGCAGUCCUGGAGGAGAGUGACCAAUCACUGAAUGAAUUUUGGUCCAGUGACUCAAGGGACAAGGCCAAGGCCACAAAGGAGAGAGAGGGCACCCAAACAUCAGAAACCCUGCUGCUUAGCAACAAAGGCGUGGUACAACCUGGCUGGCCUGAAGAGCCCAUUGUCAAUGAAGAUGAAGUUGGAGGAAACAAGGUGCUCAGGGCUGCUGCUCUCUCUCGGAGCAGCAGAGACUCUCCCGAGCUUGAUCUGAUGGCCCGGGAGUGCAAUACCAUGAUGGCACACAAGAUGAAGGAGCACAACCGCGCGUGCAUCACCGAGUACACAUUCAUCCACGAGGAGGUAGAGACAGUCAAGGCUGUCUGCAAGGAACCCUCCGUGACCUGUGAGAUCCCGAGAGGCAAGUGCCACAAAAGCUCCCGUCCUUUUGAUUUGACAUUUUGCAAGUUAUCCAAACCAGGCCAAGUCACUCCUCACUGCAAUUACGUCACUUUCAUUUUUGAAAAGUUCAUUAUUCUAUCCUGUAAUGACAUGAAGGUCCAGGUGGUGUCUGGAUAA